AUGGAUGCUAUCCUUAAAGGUACUGAUGAAAAAAGUCAAUAUGAGAAUAAGGGUAAUCAUGAACAUGAAUUCACUAAAGGAAAUGCAAGUGAUGCUCUCCCAGAGAUAGUGAAGCUGGAUCUAGAAAGAAACGAGGGUGAUGGUCUUAUAAAUGAUGGUGUGGAGGAAAAUAAGGGCGAUGGUGAGGGUGAUGAAGUUGUUGAAGUAGCAGGUGAGGGUGAUGGUGACGAUGAGGGUGAGGGUGAUGGUGAUGGUGAUGGUGAUGGUGAGGCUGAUGGUGAUGGUGUUGGUGAGGAUGAUGGAGAGGGUAAUGGUGAUGUUGAGGAUGCAGGUGAGGGUGAUGGUGAGGAUGAUGCAACAGAUAUGGAGGGAAAUGAUGCCGAUGAUGAAGGGCAUGUACCACCUAGAAGAAAAAGAAAGCCCUCAGAAAGGAUCAUCCUUGAAAAGCUAAUGAAACCUUUUUUUUAA